CAUGUAUUUUUUAAAUACACUUGGUUUUGCAGAUGGAAAACUUAUAAAUAUUGCUAAUGCGAAGGAUCAUGCAGCUAGUUGUAAGGCAUCGAGUGAGUUCUAUAAUUGUGAAAAUGCACUUGAUCUUGUCUGGCAGAGCACAGCUGAAUGGGGAUCAAAUUGCUUAAGACUAUAUUGCAUAGAUGAAUGGAUUGAAAUCACUUUCAAGAGACUAUAUGAUAUAAUUGACAUAUGCCUUUAUCAAAGAACCUAUCCAGAUGUUUAUUUGCUUGCAUUUAUGAAUAUGACAUUAGGAAGUUCAAAUACGAUCAAUGUUCAUUUGAAUUUGUAUGAAACUUGUGUUCUAUUAACUGAAAUUGGAAAAAGUGUUUCUAAAGUAAAAUUUCAAACUCUUGGUAGUCAUGAAGAAACAAGAUUGGCUGGAUUUCAAUCAAUACUUAUAUAUGCCUAUGACAACGAGACAAUCAAUGAAGAUUUAUAUUAUAUAAAUAUAGCUAAUAGUGAUCGAGGAGCAACUUGUAAUUCAUCAAGUGGCAUAAAUUGUGUAGAGGCAAUUAAUAAUUUUAAAACUACUUAUUGGCUUACACAAUGUCCGCAGAAAGAAUCAAAUGAUAGAUGUCAAGGCCAUUUUAUAAAUGUAACAUUUGCCUUUCCUGCCAAGCCACAUAUAUUUUGUACAGCUAAUAGUGCUGAUUCAGCAUAUGAUAUAAAAUCAUUAACAGUAACUUGGAGUUCAAAUUAUACUCAAACAAUUCAACUUUCACAUUCUUCUGAUAGACAAUGUUGGAACUAUACUGGAAAUUCUGAUAUUGAAUAUUGGAUUCAAUUGACAAUUAUAGAUGGAUAUACUACUCAACAAAAUGCUCUGAAAACUAUAGAUGUUUUUGCAAAAGGUUAA